AUGUCUUGUCUGCCUUUGUUCUCAUUUGGCCCUUCCAAAUCUUCUGCAUACAAGCCUUCUGAUCGGUCAAAGCCAGACGCACAAUGCCUCCCCUCCCGUCCAAUGAUGCCUGAAACUGCGCAUUUGAACGAAGGCGUGUACGACAAGCUGGCACAGGUCUCGGUUUCUCAUAGACGCCUAGAUUCUUUCGAGUGGGUGUUGACUCAAUCCGCCCCAAACACACCACCGACGUCGGACAGCACAAGCUCCAAAGCAUUCUCGCCUCCGCCUGGAAGAUUCAUUACCUCUGCGCCACUGCCAGUACCUGAUGAACUUUGGUCAUACAGUCAACAUGCUAAGGGUGGGAAGCAACAGCAAGGAUAUUUCGAUUGGUGGCCAUCUCCAAGUUUGGUCAAUUGUAAUGGUUAUGCCAUGAUACCAGACGAUGAAGAGCACUAUGACCGGUAUGCUUUAGCCGCACGCCAGUCGAAUACAGACUCCUCUAGGUCACGCGCAAUUGGGGUACGCACCUGUAAAGAGUCGCGCUCGCACGCCGCACCUGCUCUAGGAGGCAAUGACCGACUUCGGCCGUCUCAGAAUCUCAGCGCACUCGGGAUUGUCUUGCCCGACAGUCCUCCGCCUAAUCCACCCAUGCCGAAAGUCUCGAAGACGUCGGAACCUCACGUCGCGCCCGGCACCUCUUCUCGCGCGUCACCAUCGCGCCUACCAAAGCGUGUCACGUUUUCGCCAGUCAUUGACGAGUUGACACUGGCGUCAUUCUCAGAUCUCAACGAGCAGAGCUCUUCCUCCUGGGGCAGCUAUCUUCCAUCCUCUUUCCUAGUUGCGAGAGCACCGCUGUCGCGUACGACCUCGUUACCACCGAAACAAGCGAACAUAAUUGUUCGACCGAUCCUAAGGCGCUCGACUUCUUCCGAUGCACAACCAACUAGAAUCACAGAGAUGGUUCAAUUGCCACCCAGUGCGGGAUGUAAGAACAAAGGGAACGUGACUUCGCCAAUGCCAGCCCAGAGACUCUCGGUGUCGCAGUCGCCUAUCAUUGGAAACCCUCGCAGAGACUCAAGUGAUAAGGAAAAAGUUUUUGUGUCACUACUGCACGCCUCACAUAUUGACGACAGCAUGAUUUUGCUCUAA